AUGACCCUGUGGCCGUGCUCGACUGGGUACCUCGGGCGGGACAUCGUUCCUGUUUUCGCCAAGGCUGCCAAUGAGGGUCAAUUCGCCUCGUUCAAGGUCCUGACCAGCUCGACCCCAAAGGACGAACUCAAGUCUAUUGCGUCGAAUAAAGUGGCCAUAGUGCAAGUUGAUUAUGCUAAUCCUGCAUCGUUGGAGAGCGCGUUGGAAGGCGUGGAUGUGUUGGUAAGCACUUUGGGGAUGGGAACGUGGACGAAGGUUGCUCAGGACAACUUACUUCAAGCCGCCCUCGCGUCAAAAGUAAAGGUGUACUUUCCAUCAGAGUGGGGCGUCGACUUGGACAUCAGUCCAUACCCCUUCCCAGCCCUCAAUGUUAAGACCAAACAUGUUGAAGAAGCUAGACAGGCUGGGCUUAAAACGGUUGUCUUCGUCGUCGGGUUGUUUUCCGAGUUAAUUCUUGCGCCUAUCUUUGGGUGCUGGACUGCGCCGAACGCAGUGAAUAUUCCUGAUUCCGGCAAGCGUAAGGGCGUCUUCACAUGCAAAAAGCACAUUGUGCAGUAUACACUUCGAGCCGUCAUCCUCGCUUCUCAGGACCCAGCGAAGUUCCCAGAUAAGGUUCGCGUUUGGGACGAUAAUAGACCCUGGGAUGAAUACGUCGCAGAGCUCGAACAAGUCUUAGGAAGAGAACUCGUCAAGAAUGUCAUCCCCAAGGAACAACUCGUGCAAGAUUUCGCCACAGAGCCUUCCUUCACCGGCCUUGGAAGGUUACUCACUGCCGAUGGCCUAACCGAUUAUUCGGACAACCAUAACGAAUUGUUGAACCCAGGCGAGAAGUUUUUCAAACGGCAGACUGUUGGGGAGACUUUGAAGGAGAUUAAGUCGCGAUCUCCAGGAAGCCACGUUGCGAGUCGCAUCAGUAACAUUCCUUUUGAUUGA